CCACCUUCUCAAGUUUCCAGCCCAUUCUGAGAGUCCUACCACCUUCCUUACACGUUAAAGACGGACCUGCUUUACUGAAAAUUAAAAAAGAAGAAAACUAAAACAGUGAUUCACAACCAAGGAUACUUUAAGAGGACCUUUUUUUUUGCAGAAAAUGUAGAAAGACUUCAAAUGUAGUGUUAUCAAAAGGUUAAAAUAAUCCCUUUUUAAUUAUUUUUUUUUCUCCACGAGUAGUAUACAUACUUUACAAUUCAGAGUAGAAGUUAGUAUAUGAUUUUUAUUUUAUUGUUUUGAAAUACCAAUGUAUUCAUUCAGAUAAUUAACAGUAAAAGGUGUAAUUGUGUGAAAUAUUAAAAUUGAAAAUUACUUUUAAUUUAAAACAUUUGUAUAUCAUAUAUGUUCAGCCAUCCAACAUGAGAAAUCAGAAAUCAUUCUAAUAAUGCUGAUUUGAUGCUCAGGAAAUAUUUAUUAUUAUCAGUGUUGAAAACAGUUUUAAUAAUCAUAAAUAAAUUUCCUUAGUAUCAAAACUUGAAAAAAAAAAAAAAAACUAGAUCAUGUGUUUUAUUGAAGGGAGAUCCUGCAACAGUUUAAGUACUGAUUGGGUGAAUAGUUUGUAUUGACAGUGCUAAAUGAUUUCAAAUAUCUAGUGAGUUGAUUUUUGGUUUGGUGGCAGUGCAGAUGUAACGUUACCGAUAGGUCUGUAGUACUAUAACAGCCAGAGGCUUGGAAAGCACUGGCCGGUGUGUUGUUUCCGGAGGCAGGCGCUCUCGAUCGCUGCUGGACUGUGGCAUCCCAAUAAAAUGCGCACGUCACUGCUCUGAUGUUUAACGAAUCAGCGCGCUCAUUGGAAAAUCAUGUUUUCCCCAAAUCAGAACGUCUUGAUUGGACCGCGCAGGUGACGCCCACAAACACACAAGGUGGAGUUUAAUUAUUUAACGAGACAAAAAGAUGUAGCUGUCAGACUGAAUAUACCAAAAAGAUGUUUAAAGUACACAACAGUAGCUCACUUCUAACAUCAUGCAUGCACGUGGGGAGUUUGAGUGAAUUCAAGAAAACUGCUUUUCUUUCUUUAUUUAAAAGCAUAAAUCAAAACAGAAAUCACUCUGGAACAUAUUCAAUCAAAUUCACUAUUUAUAAAAACUUCAUAUGGUCAUCACGGCUACACAAAAUGUGUUCAAAACAAGCCCGAGAGGCUACAUGCGCAUGCAGGUUUGAGAGCGCCGAGUUUAUAAUCCAAAUGGAAGCGAGACCCAGGCGACCCAUUCGUGAUGAGAGCAGCUAUAGCAGCGGAGAGAUUGAAAAUGCGGAUGUCUCUCUGGAAAGAGAAAUGAGCGGAUCGAGAGAGCUGCGCGCUGACUGGAAGGAGAGCGAGAGAGAUGGAGGCGGGGGGAAGUCUCUCAGCUCUGCGGGGACUGGAGCGCCCGUGCCCUGGACCGGCGGCGCAGUGCUGGCUAACAUUCAACCCUCCCCUUGUUCCACCACCAGUUCCACACACAAGCAGCGACAGUUUUUCAAGCCUUUGAAGACCCUGCUGCCAUACGGCUGCACAAACCGUCCUCUCACCCCGCAUUCCUCGCCACUCGAAAUCGGGGUAAACCACCGGAUUUCUUCACGCGUGAUUCCACACAAUGAAUGGAGAAAUGGACCCCACUGCUAAAGAACCCGUUUGGGAGCAGGAUGACCUGUUGAAGCUGUUGGAAUGCAUGAAGGUGAACCUGCCAGAAAAAGAUCUGUCGAAGUACAAGACGUCCGAGUCCCAUUUGGACUGGGAGAAAGUGGCUUUCAACUCCUACUCUGGGGAGAUGUGCAAACAGAAAUGGCAGGAAGUUUCACGUGAGAUUCGCAAAUUCCGCACCCUUACUGAGCUGAUCGUAGACGCGCAGGACUACGUCAAAAAUCCGUACAAAGGAAAGAAGCUGAAGAAACACCCAGACUUCCCUAAAAAGCCGUUGACACCGUAUUUCCGUUUCUUUAUGGAGAAGCGUGCCAAGUACGCUAAACUACAUCCAGAGAUGAGCAACCUAGAUCUCACAAAAAUCCUGUCCAAAAAAUACAAGGAGCUCCCAGAGCGUAAAAAAGACAAAUAUGUGAAAGACUUUCUAAGAGAAAAGGAGACUUUCAUGCUCAGCAUGAUGAAGUUUAAGCACGAUCAUCCCGACCUUCUAGAGAAUGUUAACAAGAAGUCCAAUGGUCCAGAGAAGCCCAAGACGCCCCAGCAGCUGUGGUACUGCCAUGAGAAGAAGGCCUUUCUCAAAGCACACCCAGAUGCGACUACCAAAGACAUCAAGGACUGUAUUGGCAAGCAGUGGCCACAGCUCUCAGACAAGAAGAGGAUAAAGUGGAUCACAAAGUCUUUGGAGCAGAAGAAACUGUAUGAGGAGAAAAUGCGCGAGUAUAUCCAGCAGCACCCGGAGAUGCACAUGACGGAGGAGAACAUCGUCAAAUCCACUCUGACCAAAGCAGAGCGACAUCUCAAGGACAAGUUUGAUGGGCGGCCAGACAAACCGCCUUCUAAUGGUUACUCUAUGUUCUGUGCUGAGCUGAUGUCCAGUAUGAAAGACGUUCCCAGUACAGAGCGUAUGGUCAUGUGCAGCCAGCGCUGGAAAGUCAUCAAACAGAGUGAGAAAGAUGCCUACCAAAAGCGCUGUGAGCAGAAAAAGAAAGAAUAUGAAGUUGAGAUGAAUCGUUACUUAUUAAGCAUCUCCGAGGAGGAACAGCAGAGAAUCCUGUCAGAACAGAAGAUGGGCAGCUUUAAAAGAGGAGGUGGAGGCAGUAGUCCCGCUUCCAAAAAGAAGAGCUCACAAGCAAAGUCCAGUGCAGAGAAGCCCAAGCCUCCUGUGUCUGCCAUGUUUAUUUUCUCUGAGGAGAAGCGCCCAAAACUUCAACAGGAAAGGCCUGAUCUUUCUGACAUGGAGCUCACCAGACUACUGGCCCGCAUGUGGAAUGAUCUUACUGACAAGAAGAAGGAGAAGUAUAAAAACCUGGAGAUGACGCUGAAGGCAGAGUCGGAAAAACAGAGCAAAGAGGACAAAGGGAAACUACCAGAAACGCCCAAAACGGCUCAGGACAUCUGGCAACAAAGCGUUAUCGGAGACUAUCUUGCCCGAUUCAAGAAUGAUCGAGUGAAGGCUCAAAAAGCCAUGGAGGGCACCUGGAACACCAUGGAGAAGAAAGAGAAGCUCAUGUGGAUCAAGAAGGCAGCAGAGGACCAGAAGAGAUAUGAAAGGGAGCUGAGCGAGAUGCGAUCUCCUGCCCCAGUCUUCACCCCUGGGAAGAAAAUGAAAUUUGAGGGUGAACCUAAGAAGCCACCCUCGAACGGUUAUCAGAAGUUCUCUCAGGAGAUGCUGUCAAACGGCGAGCUGAAUCAUCUGCCCAUGAAAGAGCGCAUGGGGGAGAUCGGAGGCCGCUGGCAGGCGCUCGCUCAGAAGGAGAAGGACCGUUACAAAAGACUGGCAGAAGAGAAACAGAGGCAGUACAAAGGGCUCCUCGAGGACUGGCUUGCGAGUUUAUCAUCACAAGAGAGAGUUGUUUAUAAAGAAUAUAAUUCUCUGAAACGGAGGAGCACAGCAAAACCAGGUGGGACCGCUGCGAAAGCGAAACCCAAGGCCAAACAGUUGGAAGUGGAAGAGGAUGACGACGAUGAUGAUGAAGAAGAGAAGGAAUCUGAUGACGGAUCAUCCUCCGAUGAUGACAGCGAUGAUGAUGACGACGACGAUGAUGAUGAUGAUAAUGACGAAGACAUUGAGGACGAAGAGGUUGAGGAUAAAGAGAAUAAAUCGGAAAGCAGCAGCAGCGCUUCCAGCUCUGACGAUUCAUCGGGCUCAGACUCGGACUGAGCUCACAGACUGCCAGACAUGCUGUGAACUGAGCCAUGAGCCGGGGGUCUGAGCCUGCUCUGCACUGAGCUCUUCUCACCACAGGAGGGGCUCACCCCGCUGUCACACCUCUCACACACUCUUUUAUUCUGUUCUGUUCUCCCCUGCACUUCUGCUUUUAUUUGUAACUCCCUCGAUGAAUUGGCUCGGCAGGUUUUAAAGCAUUUUAGGCAACGUGUACGAGGAUGUAUGGUCUAAAUUCCUCCCAACACUGAAGAAAGGGUGCAGUGCUCUGCUGUUGGCUUGUAGUAGCGGUGAAGCGUUAUUAGGAAGACCCGUGUUUGUUUUAGAGGACAGAGAGAGCACCAGGUGCCAUUUUCUUUUCCGUGAAUGAGCCAAAGAGUCUCUUAGUUUCACAGAUUAUUUCGGGAGGUACAGGGGACCAAAUAAUUGCACUCUGAAGAAUGUUUGCUUUCUUUUCUUCUGUCUGUACCUCUCCUGUUCUUCCUCUCCCUUCUCAGCUCCCUCCAUUUUGGCUUUGGUGUUUGUCUUUGCUUUUUCGGUUCAAAACAUUGUGGUAUUUUCAGGAACAAUGAAGCCAUUUUGAAUGUGGCCGCAUGGCCCCCGCUGGUCUCGCACGCGGUUCUUGUUCAGCAGGCGUUUGUGUGCUGCCUUUACCUGCUCCUGAUGAGGGGUUCAUGGUGAAAAUGGACUAUUUAUUUUUGUCCUGUUUUAGGAAUGCUGCCCGUGACGGGUUUGAGUUUGCUGUUCGUUCAGAUAAUAAAACCGACUGAUGUUACAUAACGAGGAGGACUUGUUUAUCAGUUAAUUGUUUGGCAACGCAAGCAAUGUUCUCGCAGAAAUAUGCUUGUCUUGUUUUUGUUUUUUUUUGUGGAUAGGGCACCAACAUAUUUCUCUCAUUUGUUAAUAAUGGUUAUGUGUUGUUUGAAGCUGACUUUUUAGUUUCUCUUUCCAACCAUUUUAUUUGGUGCUCCAAAGAACUGAUUUUCUUUUUAAAAACGGUAUGUUUUAAAUAUGCAUGGAUGUGAGUUACCCCACAAUUCAGUGCACUUAUGAUGGAGUCCCUUGCUCACAAGCCCUGUGUGUUUGUUUUUUCAGUAUUCUUCUUUCUGCAUUUCACUCAUUCGCCCAUAACCUCAACCACUUCACAGGUCUUUCACGCACCAGCUCAAGGAAUGUAAUGGAGAUGUUUUAUUUAAGAGAGGGAUAGCGUUAUUUGUUAUGCGUUCGUGUGUGUCUGUGUAUAUAUAUGAGCAGUUUUGAGGGUGACUGGUAUAUUCUCUCAUUCCAAUGCUCUGGCCUGAAAUGGCAACUAAAUGUAGUUAAACCCACAACCCAGCGUCCUCUGCUGAGCUACCACCUUUUACUCAGUAUUUUUAUGCAGCCCUCAAUUUAAUCGGGGCAAUGUAAGUGAUUUUUUUUUUCCUCUGUCUAAAAUGUUGAGCCUUGGUAAUUUGCAUAUAAAGACACGUGUAUAAUUAUUAUUAUUAUAUAUUUUUUAUUUUUUGUGUGUGUGUGUGUGUGUGUGUGUGUGUAUUUGCUGUACCAGACAUGUGACCUUUAUUCUAGGCACCCGAAAUAAUUAAGGCCUGUAUCAUGCAAAAAGUUGUGUUCUUUCAGUUUGAGAAACAAAUUUGAUUCUAGAUGAUUUGAAUGAUGGGCCGGGAUAAAAAAAACUCCUGUGGACCUUUCAAGAUUUCUUAAUAUUUUAUAGGAUUUUGAGUCACGCAAAUAGAUUUGGGUUGGGUUCAGUGCUGUUGUAAGGUAUUUGUACAUAUAGCUUUCUCUUUUUCCUUUUUUUUUUGCUUUGUAAUGAGUGAACAUUAUUGCGUUUUGUAUUUUCGGUUGGCUAAGCAAUAUUCUGCUAUAGCCAAAAUGAGUGUGUUUGUCAAUUAGGGACAUGUUUUUAAUUUGGUAAGGUUUAGUUUUUAUUUUAUUUUUUUUUAACCCCUUUCCAUGUUUGUUUAUUUGUAGAAAUGGCAAAAAAAAUAUAUAUACAUUUGUACUACAGAUUUGAAACAUUUGGACGUUUUCUAUAGCAAGAGAUGUUCUUUCCCUGCAAUUUACAAUUUGAGCAAAUAAACCUUCUCUUAAACAGAA